CCAAUUGAAAUCUGCAGCGAGUUAGCCCUGUCAGUCAGUCAAGGGUUAAACGAGGAGUUUGCAGCAGUCUCUCCGUUCUGUCCAAGGCAGUCGGCGGAAAACAUCACACUCUCGCUCAUUUUUGCCAAGCUGUGUUUGAUUCAACUCAUUUCGCAGCCGAAUCGCGAGGCAUCACGGCAGAGGAAAAACCCGCUCUCUUUCCCAGAAGGCGUAUUACUGCGCGUUUCCAAACACAGGUAGAGCAACGCCAAGAGAAGCAUGUGUGGGUGUUAAGUCAUAUGCUUGGACGACCUCAUUGCCCCUGAAUACGGAGCUGCUUUACCUCUGAUUGCCCACUUGUCCACAGACUGACACCACACCAUGUCUGCAGAGGUAGACAGAGCGCACGCAUCUUCUGCCGAUCCCAGCCUCACCUCUACAGUCUCAACCUCCAACACCCCUCCCAACUCUCCUAUAACACAGGCAUCCAAAGUCCCAUUCAGGAAAGAGAAAAAGAAAGUAACAGAGAAGACGGAUGAAUACCUGCUGGGCAGGUUUCAAGGGGAUGGUGUCAGGUACAAGGCCAAACUGAUUGGCAUUGAUGAUGUUCCAGAGGCUCGUGGAGACAAGAUGUGCCAAGAUUCCAUGAUGAAACUUAAGGGUAUGGCAGCAGCUGCUCGGUCGCAAGGCAAGCACAAGCAGAGGAUCUGGGUCAACAUUUCCAUGUCAGGCAUCAAGAUCAUUGAUGAGAAAUCGGGCGUGAUCGAACAUGAGCAUGUGGUGAAUAAGAUCUCCUUCAUUGCCAGAGAUGUAACGGAUAACAGGGCUUUUGGAUAUGUGUGUGGAGCUGAAGGACAGCAUCAGUUCUUUGCCAUAAAGACUGCACAACAGGCAGAGCCACUGGUAAUCGAUUUGAAGGAUCUAUUCCAAGUCAUCUUCAACCUGAGGAAGAAAGAGGCCGAGGGCACACAGAAGGUUGAAAAUGGCAGUGAUGUAGUGGAGAAUGGAAAUGCCUUGCUAUCUAUGGGCAAUGACGUAAAAUCAGCUCAACCAGUAGAGCAGCAUGACCUCUUUGGAGAUAUGUCAACCCCUCCAGACAUUCAGGCUCCAAAUGACUCUAAUGACAUUCUCUUACUGGACUUUUCUGCUGAAGUUGACAGCAAUCAAAAUUGCAUAAAGGGAAAUUCCUUUGUAACUUCCUGUGCCCCUGACUAUAGGGCAUAUCCCCAGACAGAGAAUCCAUUUUCCUCAACUUUUGGCUAUUUCCCAACCCCAGACAGUGACCCUUUCAGAGAUGACCCCCUUUCUAAAUCACCCACUCUAUUGGCAGCUGAUAAUGCACAGAUUCCCGUCAACACCACCACCAAUCACCUAAACGGCACUGUUGGCAGCACUAGUAAGACAAUUAUUAAUGGUGGUGUAAAUGGAGACUCUGAACAUCUCAGUCAGCAAAUAAAUGGGUUAUCCAGGGAAACCAUGAUCCUCGCGCUCAGUAACGGACAGUGGCCGCUGGGGGGGAAAAUAACUCAGGGAAACACGACUACCAUGAUGGAUGGAAAUGAAUCUGGACAAGUUCUCUCAAACAAAAAUCCAUUUUUUGACUCUUUGAAAACUUCCCCUGUCUCUAAUGAAAUGACCCAUCGCCCAGAGCUGCCAGUGACUCAUAGCAAGGAUUCAGUUCUCAUAAGCCCGCCUCCGCACAACUCUAAGUCUGGACGAGGUCGAAGGAGUGCAAAGUCUACAUCAAGUGAUCUGUUUGGAGCAGAACUGUUCGCUGCUUCCAGUCAGUCUGAGGGGUCAUCUGCUCCAGACCUCUUCAACAGUACACCGGCAAACUCUGCUCCCUCUGCCAUAGCUGCUCUGGGGAAUCUCCAGUUGGGUCCACCAGCUACCACAAGUGUCCCUGCUGUAACCAUGUGGGGAGCCUCCAGUGCUGCACCCAACAUGUUCCCCAUGCCAGGAGGGACAGUUCCAGGGCCCAGGCUCGCCUUCCCACAGCCAUCUGCCUUUGGUGGUCUACCCAUACCACCAACAGGUUGGGGUCAGCAGAUGCCACCACAGUUUGCUGCCGCUCCUCUCUCUCCACCCCACCUUUCUUGGGGUCAGCCUGCCUCUACCAAUCCUUUCCAGCCUAAUGCAUUCCCAGGUAUGGGUGAUCCACAGGGUCCGUCACGCCCCCCUCCAAGAGCACCUGCUAAACAGGUCCCUCCGAAAGUAGAGAACAGUGCCUUCACAGCUUUGGAUCCCCUCGGAGAGAAAGAGAAGAAGACUGGGAAAGACAUGUUCAAGGACUUCCAGCUCGCCAAGCCUCCUGCCAUCCCAGCCAGGAAAGUAGAGCUUGCAGCAGGGUCAGAUCCAGAUUCCAGUGGCAAACAACCGGGGGCAUUUGAUCAAUACUUCUCCACUAAAGUGGGCCUCGUGCAGGAUGCUGCAGAUCACGAUGACUUUGAAAUCAAUAAGAUGCCGUCAAUUGAUGCCUCUAAACCAGCUGCUGCUCCAGUUCCAGGGCUCUUGGAUGUUGCCUUCUCUGCUCCCAUCCAAAACAGUUCAGCACCACCCCAGGGAUCAGAACUUGGUCAGGACAUGUUUGACAAAGCAUUUGGAGCCCCUGACUCCAGUCCAUUUGGAGUGCCACCUGUAGCUAUGAAUACAUCUGUCGGUCAGAGCUCUGGUUCAACAGCUGCCUUUGAGGAUCCUUUUGGAAAUCCUUUUGCUUGACCACAACUUUGUCCAUAAUUGGAGUAAAUGGAACAAAUGAAGAUUUCCACUACCGUCAUGAUGUUUGGGAGAAGCUGCUCAGUGCACGACAAUCCGGAAAUGAACUAUUAUCCCAGACCCACCCUUCUAUUAGAUCUCACCUCUGAUGGUGUUUUGUUUUCUGGGGGGGCGGGGGUCCUCCCUUUUCCAAUCAGUAGUUCCCUCAUUUUUGAAGACCACUGAUCUACAAAGUAAAUGUUAUGUCAAAAUCUGCUGAAGAAAGAGAUGUGCUGUGUGAGAGAGGAUGUCCAAAGUGGUUCAUUGCUGAUGCUGUCUUUGUUAAGGAAAUAAAAUGAAUUAUUCAUCAAGUUGCAAGGUA